ACCCCGGAAGUGACCGCGGGCGCGGGUGGGGCGGCGGCGACGUUCGUCAUUCGGUGCGGAGGGAGCGCGAGCGGCCGCGGUCGAAGCCUCCGGUCUGCUCCGGGCCUGUCGCCUUCCCGAGCGCCCCGAGACCGCGUGCCUGCCGCCGCCCGGAAGGAUCGAGUGUCCCAGAGCCAGCGAGCCGCGAGAAUGGCCGAGCAGGAGCCCACAGCCGAGCAGCUGGCCCAGAUUGCAGCUGAGAACGAGGAGGACGAGCACUCGGUCAACUACAAGCCCCCAGCCCAGAAGAGCAUCCAGGAGAUCCAGGAGCUGGACAAGGACGACGAGAGCCUGCGCAAGUACAAGGAGGCCUUGCUGGGCCGCGUGGCCGUGACUGCCGACCCCAGUGUCCCCAACGUCGUCGUGACCCGCCUGACCCUGGUGUGCAGCACGGCCCCGGGCCCCCUGGAGCUGGACCUGACAGGCGACCUGGAGAGCUUCAAGAAGGCUUCGUUCGUGCUGAAGGAGGGCGUGGAGUACCAGAUAAAAAUCUCUUUCCAGGUGAACAGGGAGAUCGUGUCCGGCAUGAAAUACAUCCAGCACACGUACAGGAAAGGCGUCAAGAUCGACAAGACUGACUACAUGGUGGGCAGCUACGGGCCCCGGGCCGAGGAGUACGAGUUCCUGACACCCAUGGAGGAGGCACCCAAGGGCAUGCUGGCGCGGGGCAGCUACAACAUCAAGUCGCGCUUCACAGACGACGACAAGACUGACCACCUGUCCUGGGAGUGGAACCUCACCAUCAAAAAGGAGUGGAAGGACUGAGGCCAGGCCCCGGGCAGCAGCAGGGACGGACAGACAUGCCCCCCACCCCCCACCUCCCGACCCCAUACCAAAGUGCUGACAGGGCCCCCCAGGCCGCCCGCCCUCGCCCCGCCUGCCUCCCAGCCCACCCUCCUCGCCCCCAGCCCCGCGGUGGUUGCCUGUCUCGCUGCUGCUUCUGCCUGUGCUCCCUCGGGUUCCCUCCCCUCCUCAGGCCGGAGGCCCUGGAACGGAGUGCCGCCCGGGGUUUCUCGAGGCGCCUAGAUCUCCACGCCUCUGUGGUUGCCCCAUGUGUCCCCUCCCAUCCCUGAAGCCGGGGUGCCUGCUGUGGGUCCCUAGCUCCCACCCACAUGGCCCCCCAGGACCCAGUCAGUUCAUCCAUCGCUGUCCGUUCCCGUCUAACCAUGAUGCCUUAACGUGGAGCGUGUGCUGUGGGGGCCGCCUCCAACCUCUGACGCCCCGAGUCUGCAUGAGCAUGUGGUUCUCCGUCUCCCCCAGCCUGACCCCGUGACAUGAGGUGUGGGGGCUGCUGCUCCCCACCAGGCCAGAUUGCCAAAACUCCAGUCGCCUCCAGUCCCACCUCAGGAGGGCCGGGGUGCCCCCACAGCAGCCGCUCGACCCACUGCCACAGAGCCGAGCCCAUCACAGGCAAGGCCCAGCCGAGCCUGUCAGUAUUUAUUGCCUCCACUUGUGCUGUCCUCUGGGUCUGGCCUGGCUUGGGGCCCCUGCCCUGAGGAGCCCCCACAGGCCCAGCUGGGACAGCCUGGGACCAAGUGCACGCAGUGCCAGGAGCUGCUUCCCACGCUUCUGCCACCCACCCAUCCACCCGCCCAGCCUGUCCCGGUCUCCUGUUGUGUCUGCCAGGUCCUUGCGCCUCGGAAACGGGCAGGGAAGAGCCUAUCCCUCCUCUCUCCUUUGCUGGCCGGGAAAUAAAGUCCCCGAAGGAGC